AUGAGAUUUGCUUUACAUAAGAUCAACAGCCUCGACCUGCUCCCACACCUAACAUUAGGAUUUCAAGUCUAUGACUCAUGUACAGGACUUCAUCAAGAGCUGGAUGGUACCCUGAAAAUGCUAACGGGUCAGAGGGAAGGAAUCCCAAAUUUCUCUUGCAAAAAUCUGUCUCCUACGGUCUCAAUUAUUGGGCACUCAACCUCUACCUUCUCUAUUAUUAAUGCCCACAUGCUGGGAUUAUAUGGAUAUCCUCAGAUUAGUUACUUAUCAACCAGCUCUAUCCUGAGCGACAAAACACUGUUCCCCUCAUUCUUCAGGACUGUCCCAAGUGAUGCCUUUCAAUCCAAAGGUCUGGCACAACUCGUGUUAUACUUUGGCUGGACCUGGGUUGGGUUGGUGGCUGUGGAUGAUGACUAUGGGCGUCAAGGGAUUCAGUUCAUUAAGCAAGAACUCCUCAGAGGUGGAGCUUGUGUGGCAUUUACAGAAUAUAUAUCACCAAAUAAUUUGGAACAUAUCUCCCAUGUGACAAAAAUCAUCAAAGGAUCCACCGCCAAGGCUGUCAUUUCGUUUGCCAAAGAUACUGACCAAGUUGUCUUUAUGGAAGAGAUGUUGAGGCAAAAUGUAACAGGUAAAAUCUUUGUUGCCAGUGAAGCUUGGUCAAUCUCAAACUUGUUUACAAUGGCAAAAUAUUCCAAACUACUGUCUGGAACAAUUGGAUUCUCCUUUCAUAGCUCAACAAUCCCAGGAUUUAGAGAAUUUUUUAACAGUAUUCAACCCUUUAGUACGAGACAGGAUCCAUGGACUAAAAUAUUCUGGGAAAAAGUGUUUGAGUGUAAAUUUUUUGACCAAACAAUUCUCACAGAUUCAUGGAAUAAGUCCAGAUUGUGUACAGGAAAUGAGAGCAUAGAAAGUAUCCAGAAUAUUUUCUAUGAUAUAUCAAACAUAAAUGCUGCAUACAACAUUUACAAUGCAAUCCAUGUCAUAGCUCAAUCAUUACAUGACAUGCAAACCUGCCAAGAGAACAAAGGACCAUUUAGAAAUGGGAAUUGUUCGGACAUCAGUUUUAAGCCAUGGCAGCUGUCUCACUACAUCCAGAAUGUGAAAGUGAAACUAAGUAAUGGAAGAGAACUGUUCUUUGACCAAAAUGGAGACCCACCUGCCAUGUAUGAUAUAAUAAACUGGCAAAUGAAUACAGAUGGCACAACGAGACAUGUGAAAGUGGGCAGCUAUGAUACUACUCAGGCCAAUGGGAACAGCUUUCUUAUCAAUACAAGUGCACUGAUAUGGGGUACUGACCAACAACAGGUACCUGUGUCUGUCUGUACCCCAAGCUGUCUUGUUGGUUUUAGAAAGGUGUUACGGAGGGAUUUGCCUGUCUGUUGUUUUGAAUGUAUUCUCUGUCCUCUGGGCCAGAUUUCUAACAAGACAGAUUCACUUGACUGCUUCAAGUGUCCAUGGGAUAAGUGGCCCAGUGCCGAGAAAGAUAGAUGUCUCCCUAAAAGCAGAGAGUUUCUCUCUUUUGAAGAGCGUAUGGGUAUGACUUUGGCUUCUACAAGUGCUUUCUCAUCCUUGCUGCCAAUUUCCAUUGUUGGAAUUUUCAUUUGUUAUAAGAACACCCCUAUUGUCAGGGCAAACAACUUUACUCUAAGUUGUAUUCUUCUAAUGUCGAUGUCCCUCUGCUUCCUCAGCUCUUUAGCUUUUAUAGGCUAUCCUCAGCCUGAGAAAUGUCUAUUACGACAGGUUGCAUUUGGCACAGUUUUUACACUUUGUGUCUCUUGUAUUUUAGCCAAAACCUUCAUGGUGGUAUUUGCCUUUAUGGCCACAAAGCCUGGAAGCAGUUUAAUGAAAUGGGUCAGACCUCGGGUUUCUUACAUGAUUAUUGCAUUAUCCACCUCUUUACAAUUGGUUUUGUGUAUCACAUGGAUUUCAUUUGCUCCUCCAUUUCCAACAGACAACACCCAAGCCCAACCAGGAAUUAUCAUUGUUGAAUGUAAUGAGGGUUCACCCACAGCCUUCUGGUGCAUGUUGGGAUAUCUUAGUUUCCUGGCCACCAUCAGUUUCACUGUUGCCUUUAUGGCCAGGAGACUUCCUGACAGCUUUAAUGAAGCCAAGUUCAUCACCUUCAGCAUGAUGGCCUUCCUCAGUGUCUGGGUGUCUUAUAUUCCAGCUUCUCUUAGUUCCACUGGAAAGUACACUGUGGCCAUGGAGGUAUUUGCCAUUCUAUCUUCAAGCUGGGCCCUGCUGAUUUGCAUGUUUAUCCGAAAAUGUUUUAUUAUAUUGUUCAGACCCGACAUGAACUCAAAGGAACAUCUCAUGGGAAAAUGUAAAAUAUAA